CUGUGUGUCAACAUACUUAAACAUCUUUUAAUUAUUUGUUUAUUUAUUAUUCUCAUUCUUUUAAUGUUCUUAACCAUAAAAAUACUCAACUAGAGUAGUAAAAUUCUAAAAAGCCUGAAGAAAGAAAUCGUGAAAUGGGGGAAAUUGCAACGUUUCUGAUCGACAUGGUCGUCACCCAUAUGGAGAUUUUUAACGUGCAGAUCGAGGAACCACUGAGUCUCCUGGUGGAGACCAAGAUUGCGGGAAAGUCUGUGAAGGUGACUUCCAGUCGGAUCCAUGUCAACCAGUUUGUGGCCAACAGAGAGUUGGAGCUCGCAAUGGAACCUUCGGCCCUGCGUCAAGUUCUGGAGGAUAAGGGAAUGACGAUGGGUUCCGUUUACCAGGGCUCUACCCUGGGCACUGCCACCAUGGCCUUUCCCCUCGAGUUUCUCGACAAGAUCAGCUCCACCAUGAACGAUCUGCUGCACGAGGAGACAUUGGAUCUAGUGCGUCGAGCCAAUGUCGUGGGUACCAUAAGCAUUCUCAUUCGUUUGACCCUGAAGUGCGAGAAUCCUUUAGAGAAUCAGCCGCUGGGGAAAAGUGUUUCCCGUGCCAGUAGAAUUUCCUUAGUUCCGCCGAGGAAGGAGAGAACUGGCCCAGAGAGUUGUGCCAGCCAGGGGCCGACCUUGAAUCCCCAGGAUGUGAUGUUCCUCUUCGGCGAUCCGGAUCCUCUGCUAAAAGUUCCUUCGGAGCCUUGCUCGGAACUUCCGCCGCAGGAGGGAGACGAGCGUCUCUUCCUGGAUUUGGAGCGCUAUAAGAGCUUGGAGAAUCGUAGAUCGAUUUUUCCCAAAAACGAUCCCUGUCCCAAGCAGAAACCCUCCUUCUCCAAGCUAAAGCAGCUCACCCAGGAGUACUCCAAUAUCAUCGAUUCUGUGGCAGGAAAGGUUAAGCAAAUGGAACUGCCCACUAGUCCGGUGGUGACAGAGUUACCCAGUGAAGCUACGAUGGCCACUCCAGUUCACACUCCAAGGACUCCAGUUCCCACUUUUAAGGAACGCAAUAUUCCAGUUCCCAUUAGAUCCGAUCUAGAAAAAGGUGUGAAACCCAUACGCUUUUGUCCUGUCUGCCUGUAUUCCAUGUCCUGGAUGCCGAAGUUUGCUCAAUGUCCUCGAUGCUACACCAAAGCCAUUCCCUUCCUGGAAGGACACCCAAACGAAAACAUGACGGCGGAUGACAUCAUGGCAGAGCAGCUGGUGAGACCGGCGGCAUCGCCAGGAGCCGAGGACUUUUGUGAUCCCGUCUGCGAGAAGGUUCGAAGGCAGAAUCUUAGCGAUAAUGAGUGUCCACCUUGCCGUUGCACCUGCACAAAGGGAAAGAUGUGUGCCCACUGCAGAAUCCGCAAGAUGUGCGAGGACAUAUUUAGUGGUGAGAAGCCACCGGAACCACCGCGCCGCAAGCCCGAACCCCGGUCUAGUGAGGACUUCUGCUUGAUAACAGAGCCAGAGGACGAUGAUCUUCCCUACCUAUCGAAGGUCUUCUCAGAGCUAAAGUAUCUCUACCAAAUCCACGACUCCAAGAAGAUGACAGCCAUCAAAGAGCGCUGUGAGGCCAAGUCGCUGUUUACGCUUCAUGGAAGGCGUUCCGUCAAGGAGCUGACGGAAGCGCUGUACCAGGGAGACAAGUAUACUGGCGGGGUGGGUCAUCCUCUCAAAGCGGGUCACAAAGAGUGCCUUCCACCCACGAGCGUUGUGUCCCGCCGACAUGGUUGGAACUGGACCACGAGCUCUGAGGCCCGGAGAAACGGCUGGCGGCCAGGAGCCAUCCUGCGAUCCUCUGGCCACGUGAUGCGGCAUUUCCUGAUCCGCAACAAACAUAGCCACAUUUGCCGCAAGGUGACAGCCGAGCUGGAGGAUCAGCAGCUUUAUGGUCAGCCAGUGCUCAACAUUUUCAAGCGGAACGGUGAGAUUUUCGUGACCCUCCGGCCACUGGCCACCUUGGGCAUGAAACAGCAUCCCAUCACAUUCAAGAUAGUGAAGAGCGAAAUGGCAGUGGCCCUGCGGCAGAUGAAGCGCGCUCUGAAGGAUCAGGGCUUCGAGAAAUGCACUUGCCACCAGUCUCUAAUGAUGUGCACCUGCCGCGAUGUCUUGGACAAGUUUCUCCUCAAUAAGGCUCUCAAGGAAGAGUGCCGGAAGCGUUUAAUAGAGCCCUGUCCCGAUCAUCUGGUGCUCACCGAUACGAGUGUCAGCGACUUGGAGUUCGAUCUGGAUGUGACCCCGCCUGUGGGCAGUAAGAGACCCAAGAGGAAAGCACUGCGGAACUUGGUGAACCAUGGCACCCAGACUGUGAAGAAGGCGCCACCAAAGAUAGCUCAUGAAUACCCAGUACGCGAUAGCCCCUACUGGAGGGCCUACGAUUGUGCAGCCGGAGAUCGCUACAUGGGCACGCCCUUUGGAAAUAAUAUAGAAACCGUUUUCGAGGACGGAAUCUAUGGAUACCGGGGCGGAGGUCAGCAUGGGAGUCCCGUCGUCUGGAGGCAUCCGAAGGUUUGGGGCAAGAAUGCCGGAGCACCACUGCGAAUUGGAACCGCUCGAGACGCCAUCGAUCCGUAUCGGUUCACCAAAACCGUGUGGAAGGGUGUACCGCGGAAGAUAUUGCGCAAAAUGCGAGCCAAAUCAAUGCUUUAAAUGUAUUUUUAUUAAAAGUGAUAACAAAUUUUA